GGAUGGAUGGCAGUGAGGGCGCAGCGUGACUGCGCUUAAUGCCACAGAACUAUGAAUGUUACAGGUGCAAGAGAAACUGGAGCGAUCUGGCCGUUUACCGAAACUUGCUGAAGCAAACCAACCCUUGUGACCUCUGUGGGUGUUUGUACCGUCCCAGGCGGAAAGGCUAGUCUGAGGAGACGGGAUGGCAAGCAGGUCAGCAGCACAGCCUCGGAGAGGGGGCUGGGGGAUUUAGCUGCUCCGCGCCCCUCCUGGCAGCCUGUGACCCACCCCCCUCCUGGCGCCCCCCACCAUGGACCCCCCGGGGUACAACUGCUUUGUGGACAGAGACAAGAUGGACGCCGCCGUGCAGGACCUGGGCCCCAAGGAGCUGAGCUGCGCGGAGCUGCAGGAGCUGAAGCAGCUGGCCCGCCAGGGCUACUGGGCCCGCAGCUACGCCCUGCGGGGCACGGUGUACCAGCGCCUGAUCCGGGACAUCCCCUGCCGCACGGUCACGCCGGACGCCAGCGUGUACAGCGACAUCGUGGGCAAGAUUGUGGGCAAGCACAGCAGCAGCAGCCUGCCCUUGCCCGAGUUCGUGGACAACACGCAGGUGCCCAGCUACUGCCUGAACGCGCGCGGCGAGGACGCUGUGCGCAAGAUCCUGCUCUGCAUCGCCAACCAGUUCCCGGACGUGUCCUUCUGCCCCGCCCUGCCCGCCGUCGUGGCCCUGCUGCUGCACUACAGCACAGACGAGGCCCAGUGCUUCGAGAACGCCUGCCGCAUCCUGGCCUGCAACGACCCCAGCCGGAAGCUGGUGGAUCAGAGCUUCCUGGCGUUCGAGUCCUCCUGCAUGACGUUCGGGGACCUGGUGAACAAGUACUGCCAGGCGGCCCACAAGCUCAUGGUGGCCGUGUCGGAGGACGUGCUGCAGGUCUACGCGGACUGGCAGCGCUGGCUGUUCGGGGAGCUGCCCCUCGGCCACUUUGCCCGCGUCUUCGACGUCUUCCUGGUGGAGGGCUACAAGGUGCUGUACCGCGUGGCGCUGGCGAUCCUCAAGUUCUUCCACAAGGUGAGGGCUGGCCAGCCGCUCGAGUCAGACAGCGUGAAGCAGGACAUUCGCAACUUCGUCAGGGACAUUGCCAAGACCGUGUCUCCAGAGAAGUUGCUGGAGAAAGCAUUCGCCAUCCGCCUCUUCUCCCGGAAGGAGAUUCAGCUCCUGCAAAUGGCCAACGAGAAGGCUCUGAAGCAGAAAGGUAUCACCGUCAAGCAGAAGAGUGUUUCACUUUCUAAAAGGCAGUUUGUGCACUUGGCGGUGCACGCGGAGAACUUCCACUCGGAGAUCGUCAGUGUGAAGGAGAUGAGAGACAUCUGGUCGUGGGUCCCUGAGCGCUUCGCCCUCUGCCAGCCCCUCCUGCUCUUCUCCUCGCUGCAGCAUGGGUACAGCCUGACCAGGUUUUAUUUCCAGUGUGAAGGACACGAGCCCACCCUCCUGCUCAUCAAGACCACGCAAAAGGAGGUGUGUGGGGCUUACCUGUCAACAGACUGGAGUGAGAGAAACAAGUUUGGAGGCAAAGUGGGCUUCUUUGGGACCGGAGAGUGCUUCGUGUUUAGACUGCAGCCUGAGGUCCAGCGCUACGAGUGGGUGGUCAUCAAACACCCGGAGCUGACCAAGCCGGCGUCCUUGGAGGCCACGGCCGCUCCAUCCUCUCUCGGCCGCCCCCCGUCCUCAGACCCUGCGGACCGCCUCUCGCCCUUCCUGGCUGCGCGGCACUUCAACCUGCCCUCCAAGACGGAGUCCAUGUUCAUGGCUGGGGGCAAUGACUGCCUCAUCGUAGGUGGAGGGGGCGGCCAGGCGCUCUACAUCGAUGGGGACCUGAACCGGGGCCGCACCGGCCACUGCGACACUUUCAACAACCAGCCCCUCUGCUCUGAGAACUUCCUCAUUGCCGCUGUGGAGGCCUGGGGCUUCCAGGACCCGGACACCCAGUGAUGGGCCUGCGCACAUGGGGACGGAGCUGUCACCGUAGGGUGGGGCGGGGCAGUGGACCCCUCUUCGUGGGGCAGGUAGUAAAGGAAGAACCCUCCCCACGUGGUGGGCAGCAUUGCGGUGCAGCCGGGGCUCUGGUGCUGGGCCAGGAAGGGGUGCCCGGGCCUUGGCUGGCCGAGCCCUGCCCUACCCUACCCAGACCUGCGCAGUCGCUUGGCCUCCGGCUGGGAUCAAGCCCUGGUUCUCCUCUGUGGAGGCAUCCCGUGCUCGUGGCCUGGAAGGAGCUACAUCUUGCAGCCCCUGGGUCUUUAGUCCCUUGGGGCAGAGACGGGGACUGGGAAAGGCAGAAGGAACCUUCCGGCAAGUGUGGGUCCAUGGCGCCCCCUGCUGGGGACUGUUAGCAGAGCCCGGAGGCCGCCACCUGGUGGGCUGCUGGAGGCCUCCCAGGGGAGACAGACGCCCUGGGGGCUGCCCACGUCCCUCUCCCCCUCCCACUGCCCACGGCUUCCAACCCAGUGCCCUCUUCCCACGCUGGCCUCCUGGGGCUUCCUCUUGGACACGAGCCGCAAGGUGAAAGGGGCGGGCGCAGCGGGCGCCAAGCUCUGGGCCCCUCCCCGGGGAGGGAGGCCCGGAUGCUGCAGGGCUUCGAGGACCUUCCGGGGCCUGGUUUCCGAGCCCGAGGCUCUUGCGAGGCCUCGCUGUGGGUUCACGCCUAGAGAGGCCGCCCAGGAUGGGCCCGGGGGCCUCUGCUGCUGACCCCAAGCCCUCUGGCUCCAUUCCCACGGGCUUGCCCAGCGCAGUCCGGGCCUCUGGGGGCUUCGUCAGCCCUCCUCCUCUCUGCCGGGGGGCCUCCUCCGCGCCCCCGCGGUCCCUGCGGUGGUCCCAGGACCCCGUCCAGACUCCUCAGCGUGGCAUGCUCGUCUUUGUCCGUCCCCACAGGCCCCAGGCUGCCAGGGCCGCCCCCUCCCAGACCCUUCCCGUGCGGCGCCGUCACCACCGGGCCCUCCGUGCGCCUCUCGCAGCCCCGUGCUCGGCCGCACGCCCUGUGCUUCGUGCCCUGGUGCUGCGGCCUGUCCCCUUCCCCGUCCCACCUGGCCCCGCACACGCCCUGCAGACCGUAGGUGCCACUGGGCGCUGCGGGGAGUGGCCUCCCAUCCCCUGCCCUCCCUCAGCUGGUCCUGAGGGCCUGGCACCCGGUGGGGGGGGGGGGGCAGACAGCCAUGUGGGGGCUGUGGCAGCCUGGGCGACAGCUGCUUGGGCCCUGGCCCCCACGUGCCUGCAGCCGGCUUCUCGGUGUCGCCACACAUCAUGCCUCUGCCGUCUCCAUCUUGCUUUGUCCUCCUGUGGGGCACUGGUUGUCCGCUGCCCGCACCCCAGUCGUCUCUGAGCUGGGCCACCGUGGUGUCGGGAGCCCGGUGCGGCUUCGGGCAAGCCUGCGAACCUGCCUGGAACUCAGUUUCCCCAGCUGUAAAUGGGGCCAGUCAUCCUGCACCGCUGGGCCUGCUGAGAGGCUGUGAGGGGGACUGUGUGAGUCUCUAGAGAGAGGAGAGGUGCUGGGAGGCCGUGUCACCGCUCACCCCCCCCCCCUGCAGCCCUUGUCCCCUCCCUCUGAGCCCCCACAGCCCUGCUGGGGCACCAACUUUGGUGUUCAUUAAACACGGUCUCGUUACGUGAACUCUGAGGGUCCAAGUCUGGUCUCUUCAACCAGAGGGGCCUCCAGGGGCUCCCCUGGGCGGGCCACCAAGUGGGGUGCUGCACGCUCACGACGCCUGCAUCAUCAGUGGAGUGUUGAGGGCCUUUGAAUACACCCUACGUGAGCCACUGGGGGUAUGUCAGAGCACAGUUUGCACGGCUCCCUCUGCAAACUUCUGGAGCCUGGGGAAUUCUUUUGCUGCUGAGUGAGUCUGGAGGAUUGUCUGUGGCCGCCCUGAGGGUCUUGCCUGGCCCUCGCAGAGACCCAGCUGCAAGGGAGAUUCCUCCUGCCGCACGAGGUCUCUCCCUACGGGGGUGAGGUCUCUGCGCACGCGCUGUGCUCAGUUUCUAGCGCUUUCACUUCGGCUCCCGAGCUGUCCUGCUGAACUGAAAGCAACGGUCUCAAACAUGGAUUCAUAUCUUGAGUGUUGUCCUUGCCCAAAUGCCCUGUUGACGUGGGGAAGUUACCCGACGAAGCCAGGAGUACAGAGGACACGUCACGAGCGCUUCACGCUGCAGCAUCUAAGGCAGAAACGUGUGGAUCUUCACAAAUAAUCUGACGUGCCCACUUGACCCGACUGCAUGGAAUUUGUUAACACUGUGCUUGGAGCCAAGGGAGCAAAAUCGGUGGACACGUGGUCGUGCAGACACACUGACCCGUGACGUGACAGAGACACACCAGCUGUUAAAAACCUGCUUCAGCUUGCUGAAUCCACAGGGUGGUUAUUGGCUGAAAAGUGGAUUAUCUGGCUCUGGAGCAUCUGAAUGAGUGUAACAAAGAACCGUGAGGCCCAUUGAAAAUACAUUGGUGUUGGGGCGCCUGGGUGGCUCAGUCGGUUAAGCGUGCGACUUUGGCU